AAUAAUAAUAAUAAUAAUAAUAAUAAUAAUAAUAAUAAUAAUAAUAAUAAUAAUAAUAAUAAUAAUAAUAAUAAUAAUAAUAAUAAUAAUAAUAAUAAUAAUAAUAAUAAUAAUAAUAAUAAUAAUAAUAAUAAUAAUAAUAAUAAUAAUAAUAAUAAUAAUAAUAAUAAUAAUAAUAAUAAUAAUAAUAAUAAUAAUAAUAAUAAUAAUAAUAAUAAUAAUAAUAAUAAUAAUAAUAAUAAUAAUAAUAAUAAUAAUAAUAAUAAUAAUAAUAAUAAUAAUAAUAAUAAUAAUAAUAAUAAUAAUAAUAAUAAUAAUAAUAAUAAUAAUAAUAAUAAUAAUAAUAAUAAUAAUAAUAAUAAUAAUAAUAAUAAUAAUAAUAAUAAUAAUAAUAAUAAUAAUAAUAAUAAUAAUAAUAAUAAUAAUAAUAAUAAUAAUAAUAAUAAUAAUAAUAAUAAUAAUAAUAAUAAUAAUAAUAAUAAUAAUAAUAAUAAUAAUAAUAAUAAUAAUAAUAAUAAUAAUAAUAAUAAUAAUAAUAAUAAUAAUAAUAAUAAUAAUAAUAAUAAUAAUAAUAAUAAUAAUAAUAAUAAUAAUAAUAAUAAUAAUAAUAAUAAUAAUAAUAAUAAUAAUAAUAAUAAUAAUAAUAAUAAUAAUAAUAAUAAUAAUAAUAAUAAUAAUAAUAAUAAUAAUAAUAAUAAUAAUAAUAAUAAUAAUAAUAAUAAUAAUAAUAAUAAUAAUAAUAAUAAUAAUAAUAAUAAUAAUAAUAAUAAUAAUAAUAAUAAUAAUAAUAAUAAUAAUAAUAAUAAUAAUAAUAAUAAUAAUAAUAAUAAUAAUAAUAAUAAUAAUAAUAAUAAUAAUAAUAAUAAUAAUAAUAAUAAUAAUAAUAAUAAUAAUAAUAAUAAUAAUAAUAAUAAUAAUAAUAAUAAUAAUAAUAAUAAUAAUAAUAAUAAUAAUAAUAAUAAUAAUAAUAAUAAUAAUAAUAAUAAUAAUAAUAAUAAUAAUAAUAAUAAUAAUAAUAAUAAUAAUAAUAAUAAUAAUAAUAAUAAUAAUAAUAAUAAUAAUAAUAAUAAUAAUAAUAAUAAUAAUAAUAAUAAUAAUAAUAAUAAUAAU